AUGCGGACCAGGGACGUUCUUUGGCUCACCUUGCUGAAUGGCGUCGCUCGGGGCAGCGACCUUGCGCCAGCUGCUGGCGUUGCUGUCGCGGUGCCGAUGGUCACUCCGCCGCCUGCCGGCGUUCCCGCUCGUGUCGAGCGUCAGCGCGUUGACUCUUCCUGUAUAAGUUCUAUCGUUUCGGAACUGGCUCCACCAACCAGCGGCCUUGACUCCGACUUUCUGAGCUGGGCAAGCAGUGCCUCCACGGAGAUCAUCUCGCCAGACUGCACAGUCACGGUGCCUGCAAGCAUCUCCUCCGAGUACCUAGCCUACCGGUCCACGUUUCAGACCUACCUCUCUACCAUCGCAUCCAAGGCCAGCAGCAUCCGCACCAACUGUGGCGCGGACGACCUAUCUCUCACCUUCUCGCAGUUCUGCACGACGAGCCUCACUGUACUUUUCACCAGCGGCGCGGACAAGACAAGCACAACGUCUCUGAGCUCCCUUGAUAUUCCUGAUGAGACAAUCGCCGUCGGCCAGAGUUCAACGACCGACGAAACAACGAGUACAGACACUGCGAGUGCAAACACCGCCACGGGUCCCUCGAGGACGACCGCUGCCGGCCCGUCACAGACUACCGCCGUCGGCUCAAAAGAAUAUCCUAACCUGGCGCUGGUGCUUGCCAUAGGUGUUGGGAUUGCGUGGAGCCUUGCGUGA